AAAUACUCGAUAUAAAUACCCGAUUCUUAUCAUCUGUGACCUGCAAUAUAGACUUUACCUAAUUCUUAUCGGACUGUUGAUACUUUCUCUCUCUCUCUAGAAAUCGUGAUCGGAAAUGGGCCGGAAAUUUUUCGUCGGCGGUAACUGGAAAUGCAAUGGAACUACUGAGGAUGUGAAGAAGAUUGUGGCAACACUUAAUGCUGGUGAAUUGCCAUCAACUGACAUUGUUGAGGUGGUGGUGAGCCCUCCUUUUGUGUUUCUUCCUACUGUCAAAAGUGAAUUGAGGCCUGAAAUCCAAGUUGCUGCCCAAAAUUGCUGGGUUAAGAAAGGUGGUGCAUUCACCGGUGAGGUUAGUGCUGAGAUGCUCGUCAAUUUGGGCGUCCCUUGGGUUAUUCUAGGUCACUCUGAAAGGAGAGCAUUAUUAAAUGAAACAAAUGAGUUUGUUGGAGACAAAGUCGCGUAUGCACUUUCUCAAGGUCUGAAGGUGAUUGCUUGUGUUGGAGAGACUCUUGAGCAGCGGGAAGCCGGAACCACUAUGAAAGUCGUUGCUGAACAAACCAAGGCAAUUGCUGACAAAAUCUCAAGUUGGGAUAAUGUGGUUUUGGCUUAUGAGCCAGUUUGGGCUAUUGGAACCGGAAAGGUUGCAUCUCCAGCUCAGGCUCAAGAAGUACAUGCAGGACUAAGGAAAUGGUUCGAGGAAAACAUCAGUGCUGACGUUGCUGCUACAACCAGAAUUAUCUACGGAGGAUCUGUAAGUGGUUCCAAUUGCAAAGAAUUGGCAGGGCAACCAGACGUCGAUGGUUUCUUAGUUGGUGGAGCUUCUCUCAAGCCGGAAUUUAUUGACAUCAUCAAGGCUGCGGAAGUGAAAUGCGCAUAAAUAGUGUAUCAUUUUGGAAACAAUGACAUCGUGUGGUGCGUUUCUGGUUUGAAAUAAGGAUAUGAACAACUUGGUGUGCUAGCUAUGUUACAAGGUGACACCGUUGUUUUUUGUCAAUAACUCGGUUGUUUUGAGCACUGAGUGUUUUGUAAACUGAUCGGAUACAAAUUUUGCGGGUAUCCACUUUUGCUUAUUCUUAUUAAUAGUAGAUGUGGAUAUAUCCAUUCAACAUUGAGCUU